GGCCAGCUUCUCCUACGUCCCGGCCAUGUGCACCCCGCCCGGCUCGCCGGAGCCCGGGAGCCCGCCGCAGCAGCCCCCGCCGCCCGCCCCGGAGGAGCCGGCCGCCGCGGGCGGCGGGCGGCGGCGCAAGCGGCCGGUGCCGCGGGGCAAGCCGCCCUACAGCUACAUCGCCCUGAUCGCCAUGGCCAUCGCCCACGCGGCCGAGCGGCGGCUGACGCUGGGCGGCAUCUACCGCUUCAUCACCGAGCGCUUCCCCUUCUACCGCGAGAACCCCAAGAAGUGGCAGAACAGCAUCCGCCACAACCUCACCCUGAACGACUGCUUCGUCAAGGUGCCCCGCGAGCCGGGCCACCCGGGCAAGGGCAACUACUGGGCGCUGGACCCGGCGGCCGAGGACAUGUUCGACAACGGCAGCUUCCUCCGCCGCAGGAAGCGCUUCAAGCGCGCCGAGCUCGCCACCUACCCGGCCUACUCCGCCUUCAGCCCCGCCGCGCCCUACGCGCCCGCCGGCUACAGCCCGCCGCUGCCCGCCGGCGCCCCCUACCCGCGGGGCUUCACCAUCGACAGCCUCAUGGGCGGCGCCGAGCUGGGGCUGAGCCCCGCCGCCGAGCUGGGCGGCUGCCCCGAGCCCGCCUGCUUCCCGCCCGCCAGCCCGCUGGGCCGCGCCUACCCCUACUCCGCCUCGCCGCCGCCGCCCCACCUGCCCGGGCCCCCGAGCGGCUACUCCCCCCCCGGCAGCGCCCCGCUCUACGGCGCCGCCGGCCGCCUGGGCCUGCCGCCCGUGCGCGCCGCCGCCUCCUGCGCCGAGCACCCCCGAGCCGCUCCUGGCGCUGGCCGGGCCGCAGUUCGGCCCCAAUCCCGCCUACAUGCGGCAGCCCGGCUUCGCUUCGGGACUCGAACGGUACAUGUGACUCCGGCGCUGCUCUUCCCGGUGCCACUGGCGGUAGGAGCAGGGCCCAUGUACCACCCUUUUCCAUGUUGAUGGGACACACGCUGUACGUGAAUGCAUCUGCUUCUUUACUGUACAUAUGUAGAUUAUUUCAUCCUAACACUGUACGCGCUGCGUAAUGCGUUGUGCUGCAUGGCACAUGUCACUGAGUGUGAAACACGUUGUGUGUUGCAUUGCACAUGUGCUAUAAAACAGGUCGUGUAUUGCAUAUGCAUUGUACUGUCUGUCUCCUGUGUGCAUUGAUUGCCUAACACAUUGUAGUGCACUGUAUAAUGCAUUGUGGUGCAUUGCACAAGCGCUGUAUAUGCAAUGCGUUGCAAUGCUCUGUAGUGCAUUUACAGUGCUCUAGCACGUGUUAUGCACGAUUCAUUGCAUUGGAGUGCCUUGUGUGUGAAUUAUGAUUCACUGGAUAAUGCAUUUAGUAGUGCCCUGUGUAAACCAUUGUGUAAGGCUUUGUUACCUUGUAGAUUUGUAAACAUUCCAGGAUGUCCCAUUUCCCCCCCUCUCUUUGUUGGAUUCAUAACCUGGAACCAGACAGUUAGCAAAACUACUAGGUAUGGGAUUUUUUUAUUACUAUUUAAGACUUUACCUUUUUUCUUCCUCUGUGGGAAAAAACAUCUUUUUACUAUUUUUUAAAAAAAAUAACUUUUAUUGUUAGAAAGGAUUUUAAAAAAUAAAUCUUUCCUUUCAACUGUUUAAUACUGCUCUUUUUUUAGAAAUGGUUUUGAGGGGGUUUUAAAAAGAGACUACAUCAGAACUCAGCUGAUUCAUAUGAGAUUCAUAACAUUGUUUUAAUUAUGCCAAGUGGCUUGUGCUUUCAUUUUUUACUGACACUUUUUCAGAGCUAUACUCACUGUUUCAAAUCUGAAGUCUGUUUUUAAAUACUGGUGGUAACUAGCCGUUGUACAGCUUCCUAAAGGAAGCCUCCUAAAGCCAUUCCGACAGUGGCCAAUGCCAGGUGCUUCAGAGGGAACGAACAGAAUAGAUAAACAUCAAGUGAUCCAUCCCCUGUCCCCGUUCCCAGCUUCUGCAAACAAAGGCUAGGGACACCAUCCCUGCCCAUCUUGGCUAAUAACCAUGGAUGGACCUAUCCUUCAUGAACUUAUCUAGUUCUUAUUUGAAGCCUGUUAUAGUCCAUCCCCUGGAAUCUUGAAAUUGAGAUUGGAUUCCUUUCUGUAAGGUGUCCUCUAUUUAUCUACAAUUGGAUAGUUUUCACUUAUGUAGUAGUGAGAAUAAUUCUGGCCACUGCAGGAGUCCUUGCAGGUGAAAUUGUAUGGCCUAUGUUAUACAGGAGGAUAGACUCACUAGAUGAUCACAAUGGUCCCCUUUGGCCUUAAAUGUUGAAUCUGCACACUGGCUGGUCCUUUGCCCUUUAUUUAUAGGGCUGUAUCCUGGCAUGGAUUUUUGAGGCGAAUUCCCCACUGAUAUUCUCCAUGUUUUUUACCCUAAAUUUCCUACAUGUAAAUGUGCAAGCAUGGGAUUUUUCUCCUCAUUGUAAAAAAACAGGAUUUAUCUGCUACUCUGAUUUACAGGAGCAUUUGCAUUGGAGCUGAUUCGGUGAGUUGGUGUUCUGGGAUGGGGCUCUCGACUCAUUUGAAUUCCCUGCCUAAGGGAGUUAGAUGCCCAAAUUCCAACUGACUUUCAAUGGAAAUUUGUGCACCUAAUUCCCUUAGGCCCUUUUUGAAAAUCCCAUUCCUUAUCUUUAGUUUAACCCUGUACAAACCUGUACUUGCCUGGAUACACCAGUGUUUUAAUGAAUGAUUAUCUGUGAGGGUCUCUCUUCUGGGGUGUUUGAUUAGCAUGUUCUGCAUGCCAUUUAGAAAUUAACAUUCAUGCAACCCAGUCCACCUUCAGGUAGGCGCACCUGGCAAUUUAGGAACCUGAUCACAAGGGUUAGGUGGCUUUAUCUGGCCUGUGUAGGUCAGGCUAUCAGAUUAUCUGUUAUCUCUCAUCACUAGUCCCUCCUCACUCAGAUUCACCUCUUCAGACUCUUAGGGAUUUAUACUGCUGCUCAUCAUCAUAGUAUCUAUGUGUCUUCUGCAUAAAAUCAAUUAACAGUAGCCAAAUCUAUAGGGGAGUUGGUGGAACAGAACUACUUUCUAAUUCUUGGAUCAUACUUACCUCUUUUUUUUUUACUGAUUGGGAGAUAAAAACA